UCUCCCUGUGCUUUUCUCUGCCUCUGUGUUUCGCAAUCCUUUGCUUUCUAUCCUGAGUUGCUGCAGCUGAAGCAACUUGGCUACUCUGUGUCUGAGGUAUCUCUCUUACUGUCUCUCUUAGCAGAGAUGUAGCCCCCCCCCCACUCUCUCUCUCUCUCUCUCUCUCUCUAAAACUUUCAAACCUCUUUGCUGAUGAAGUCUGCCUUUCAGUCUACUUCAAUCCUUUGCUACUUCAUGGAUCUCCUCGUUCCUGCUCUCUGACCUCCUGCAUCCUUUCUGCUAUAACCUUCUCCUCCUGCUUCUCCAAUCUGGACCAUGGCCAUGAAGGAGACGGUGCUGCCCAUCAGCGAGGUGUGCAGCCCCUUCCCAGAGGUGAUCGAGCUCAAUGUUGGUGGCCAAGUGUAUGUGACCAAGCGCACCACCCUGCUCAGCGUUCCUGACACCACGCUUCAUGACAUGUUCGCACGGCGAGCACCUGGCGAGCUUCCCCGAGACAGCCGCGGCCGCUUCUUCAUCGACCGUGAUGGUUUCCUGUUCCGCUACGUUCUGGACUUUCUGCGUGACCGCCACGUAGUUUUGCCUGAGCACUUCCCUGAGCGUGAACGCCUGCAGCGAGAGGCUGAGCACUUCCAGUUGAAUGAGCUCUUGAGGCUGCUGGGGCCACCACGUAUGGCCAAGCAGGGUUCGCUUAAUGAUGAGGGAUGUCACAGUGACAUCGAGGAGAGCUCUCAGAGCAGCGAGCUGCCUGGACGCACCCCUAGUCUGGAUAAGAGGUCAGGGUUCAUCACCCUAGGCUACCGUGGCUCCUAUACCACAGUGAGGGACAACCAAGCAGAUGCCAAGUUCCGGCGUGUGGCACGGAUCAUGGUGUGUGGGCGCAUCGCUUUGGCCAAAGAGGUGUUCGGUGAGAGUCUGAACGAGAGCCGUGACCCAGACCGGCCACCUGAGAAAUACACAUCACGCUUCUACCUGAAGUUCACCUAUCUAGAGCAGGCCUUUGACAGACUGAGUGAGGCUGGCUUUCACAUGGUGGCAUGCAAUUCCACUGGGACAUCUGCCUUUGUUAACCACUACAGAGAUGAUAAGAUUUGGAGUAGCUACACUGAAUACAUCUUCUUCAGGCCCGUCUGCAGGACCAUGUCUCUGAGGGCAGAUAGUGAGGAACCCAAGCCUGAGAAGCUGGCAGACAAGGCCAGUGAAAGUGGAGCUUCCUUGAACGAAUUGUCCACCUCCAGCUCAGAGACACACUCAGAGGCCACAUCACCUCAGGAUGGAGACUCCAUCUUGGUGCCUCGUGAGGAGGUAGUUGGAGGCUCUCUGGCACCCUGUGGAGCCCUGCAUUCAGUUUCUCGUCCACCCAGUACCCUCACCCUCGGUAGGCCACCAAAGAAGGGUGCGUCCGUCCAGUGGAUGGAGCUUCCCGAUAAAAGGCGCAACAGUGAGCUUUUCCAGUCAUUGACCAGCGGUGUUGAGCUACGUGAGGGUGGACUGGUGCGCAGAAAGACUCUGGAAAGACCCAGUGCUCAAGAAGAGAUGAAGCAGUGCAUUUGGGAUUUCCGUAAGAUUCGGAUUCCACAGGCUUUUCCAGAGCGGAAGCGCCAAUGGCAGUCAGAAUUGCUCCAGAAAUAUGGGCUCUAGAAAAGCACUUGGUCAGAAUUUCUGUGAUGUGGCUUUUUUCUGAUUUCUUGUUUUUUUUAUUUGUUUCAAAACAGGUUAUUUAAAUAGGUGCCAUAUUUCUCAAAAGGAAGGCAACAAGGCUGUUUAACAUGGCUUAAUGAAAGUGGGUAAAAAAAACAUUUGAACUAUAUUGUAGCUCCAUAUUCACACUUAAAGCAAAAAGGGAAACAAAUCAAGCAUUGUUUUUUUCCAUAACUGCCCAUUUAUUAGAUACUGUUGCUAGUAAAUCAGGAUCAGUCAAAUUUGAAAAACACAUUGAAUAUUCUCUUCUAUUGUUGCCUUGUCUUAAGCACUUGCAUCAGUACAGCGUUUAUGUCUUCUAUAUGUCCUGUACAGUUUCAUUGUGCAAAUGUGGUCAUUUUAUAUCUCACAAUGAUUUCCAAAUUUUUACAGAGUUUCAUGAAGCCAGCAUGGGACAACCACAUAAAUGUGAUGACAUUUCUCUAAAUACAUAAAAUUCACAUUACAGACUGCAAUGAUUUUAACGUUGAAUGAUUUAAUAAGCUGAGAGGAUGUAUACUGGAUGGUAUCUAAAAUAUAAGGUCCAGAUGGCUCCCUGUUUAAUAUGUGGUUUUAGUUUGUAAUGUGUUCUGUGCAUAACAAUGUUUGUGUAUAUUUCUAAGGGAAUACGAUCAGAAAAAAAAGGAAAAUAUAUGGUACAAUGCUAGUUUUAAUAAAGCACCAAGUCUUACAUUUUAGGGCUUUUGAUAGAUGCCAAAUCACUUAACAGUAUGCUUACAGUACAAUUUACAAUAAAUGCUGGAUUGAGAAGCUGAGAAGUCUCUUUCCAGAGCACAGGUUUGAGAAGCACAAUGGCAUUGCUGUCUCUUUGAAACCUUAGUUGCAGUGUUCCAGUAAGUUUCCACCAGUUAGUGUUAAUCUGUCGUAACGUAAAAUACAAGACAUUUCUUCUGUAAUAAAACGUGUCGUGUAAAUGGAAAGAGAGAAAUAAGUUAGUUUGCUUUGUGUAUAAUUUCUUAAAUGUGUGAUACAUUAAAAUAAACAAG